AUGAAAGUCUCACUUGCAGCAGUCCUGUCUCUGGGAACGGUCUCGACUCUGCUCGCAGUCACCGAUGGGACCCCGCUUGGACUCCGCGGCAAUGCGCUGAACACUCGAUCCUGCGCCCACAACUGUACCAGUGUUGCUACGAUUGGCACAUAUACCACCGAAACCCUAUCGGACUACCUCGUACGGAAGCGUGACGGAGUUGAAGGGGUACUCUCCGAGAUCCUUGCCAGGGCAGGCCCCUUGAUAUCCCCCAAGGGUCCCAAAGGGAAAGAUGGUGAUUCAUCCUCAGAUGCAGCACCAAUCUCUUUUACUGGUGGAAGUGGAGACAAGACUGAUGGCGACACCCCUGGAAGUCUCGACGGCCCGAUCAUUGGGAAUAGACCACCCGCUGAUCGUGAUGGUGGAGAAGGGAGUGGAACUCGACAACCUGUCCCUGGUGAAGCAGCUCCUGUGACUGCCGCAACUUUCCCGGAUGCAAAAGAUGAAGCUGUUCGACAGAUUGGCGCCUCUCGACAAGACGACUUGAAGAAUGCCAUCUCCACGAAUCGUGCUGACAAUGAUAAAGGUAGCAUUGAGUCCAAAGGGUACGUCAGAAUGCCUGAUGAGGAACAAGGCGUGACUGGACCUCUCCACACCUCAAAUGGUGACCAGGGUCGAUAUCUGGCACAGUUUGGUAUUAAGGCUGCCAAGGACGUGAAACUGGAAAGCGGAUGGAGGUCUGAAAAGAUCAAGAACAGUGCCGAUGAGAAGACACUCGAUAUCUCGCGAUAUGCCGUCAGUGUACCAGAGAGAACCAUAAUUUUGAAGGACUCCCGGAACGCACAGCACGACGAGAAUCUCCAGCCUGGUGGUGAUGAGGCGAAGGCUUUGAAGCUGAGAGACAUGACAAUGGACAGCUGGCGCGUCGCAGCAGGUGAUGCAAAUACCGUGAAAGAUCUUAAAUGGAUUGUUCGUGAUGACGUGGUAACUACAGAGACACGGCAGGCCAUCAACGCAGCCUUCAGUCUGGCUGGAAUUGAUCGAAAGACAAAGGCUGUAUUCAAGCCUACAGCAGCGAACCCAAACGAGCUUGCCGCCUAUCAGCAGUUUGCUGGUUCGAUCCACGGACGAGGAAUGUUACAGAUGUUGACUGACCACCACGGAGAACUCGGAAAUCUUGAAGUAAUGGCCUUCCAUGUGUUCACGGACGGUACCACGAAAAAUCAAAAGAACAAGAAUCCAGACACAGUACCGGGUUAUUAUUCUAUCGUCAUCGAGCUUGGUCGUCUGUAA